GGCUGGUUGGAGCUGGGUCGUUUGGAAAAGUAUUGCAUUCGCUGAAUGCUACCCUAUUGGAACUACUGCUUUAAUGGGACAGGAGGUUAAUCGAUUAUGAUACGGAUGGGUGAUUGAGAAGGAGUGGCGGAUAGAUGGAUGGGUGGAUGGAGUGUAGUGGGAAAUUGGAAUAAAUGAACACCUUGAACUGCAGAAAGAGGUCAAACUAUAUGUCAGGCUUUUGGUGAAACUCCAAAGGAAAUUUAUCCUGGCAGAGGCAAAUGUCUUCUCUGAAAUAAUUUUUGCUUUCCCGUGUCAAGUUGAAGAGAGGACAAGCUCUUCUAAUCCUGUGUUUCAACAAAACAUUUGGAGAAAUGAGUUCCACCAGCCCUCCAAAAGGAUGCGGGUCUAACAUCAGCUCCAUAUAUUACAACCUGUGUGACCUGACCACACUGUGGGGUGUCGUGGUCGAAGCUGUGGCCACUGCUGGUGUGAUGACCUCCUUCAUUCUGUUUAUUAUUCUCAUGGCCUCGUUACCAUUUGUGACGGACAAAAAGAGGAAGGGUAUGGUGGCAUUACUGGCCAGCAUUUUAAUUUUCACAUUGGGACUCUUUAGUCUCACCUUUGCCUUUAUUGUAGGGCAGUACUCUACAAGCUGUGCUGCUCGGAGGUUCCUAUUUGGAGUACUGUUCUCAGGGUGCCUAGCUUGUUUGAUGAUGCAUGGGCUGUGGCUUACCCUCCUGAAACGGAGUGGUCGGGGCCCAAGGAGCUGGCUGUUAUGGCUGGGAGCUCUGGGUCUUUGGCUCGUUGAGGUGAUCAUCAACACUGAAUGGCUUGUUCUUACUGUGGUCUGGAGCCCACCCAGAAAAAUAGUUGUCCCUGACCUCUCCUGCAGAAUUGACAACAAGGACUUUGUAAUGGCCCUCAUUUAUGUAAUGAUUCUGAUGGCUGGUGUAGUGCUUAUGGCUUCUCUCUCGCUAUCACACAAGCACAAGCAGUGGCGUCGGGAUGGUGCUUUCAUCCUGGUUACAGGACUUUUUACCAUAGCUCUCUGGGUAGCCUGGAUCACCAUGUACAUCCACGGAAACAGAGUGUCUGGUAAUCCCAGCUGGGAUGAUCCUACCCUGGCUGUAACCGUGGCGUCAAAUGCCUGGGUGUUCCUUGUCUUCUACAUAAUUCCAGAAAUCUGCCUCCUGACACAAGUAGAUCCAGACCUUGAGGAGCCCCAUGAUGGAGAGCCUGUUUAUCCUGCGAGGAGUCUGGCGUAUGACACCACCCUGAAGGAACCAGAGCCAGCACCCCAGAACCUGAAUAUAGAGAAUAAAGCUUUCUAUAUGGAUGAAUCACCAGCAGACCCCACAAAGCCAGUGUCUCCAUAUGGCAUCUACAACGGUCAGCUUCGAAGCUGUGUUUACCAGCCAACAGAAAUAGCCCUUAUCACUAAAGGUCUCAAAAUGGACCAGGGAUUGAUUAUACCUCGAGCCAGAGCCCCAUCUUUGGAUCUGGGAAGUGGCAGGAGCUCCUUGCCUUGUUCAGUAGAGUCUUUAGCUUCCCAGGGACUGUCAUAGAUUUGAUGCUUUCCUUCUGUGUUCUUUGGAAGAUACUUAAAAAUGUAAGCAAUACAUCAUGAAUAGAUCCUCUUGCAAAGCUUUUCUUUAAUUUAUCAUACUGGUGCUUUCUAUGCACCAGUAUAACACUGUGGUAUUUACACUGAAGAUUAUUCACUUGCAGCGGCAUGAAACAAAGAUUUACAUAUGAAAAUAUUGUGCCUUUUUAUUUUAGCAGAUGUUCUGUACAUUAAAAAUAACUCUCCUAGCUAUGAACUGUAUCAGGCAGAAACCUAGAGUAUAAUAUCUAGCUUCACUCGCUGAAGACUACCUGCUUAACUACAGAUUUAACUCUUUCUUGAUGUGCUUUUCUUUGAAAUUAAAACUUUCAAGCGGGGCAAUGGCUAAAAUGUUUUUAGAUCAAACUCGACAUCAUCGAACAUUAAUGUACACUUUUGAAAUGAAAGAUGACUGAAAUUUUUUUUUCAUGAUCAGAACUACAAGCAAAAAGCUUUUUCAUUCUUUGUUCAUUUAAUGUUGCAAUCAUACGUUUGUAGGCCUUUGAUUUGUUUGAAACAGAACAGAAAAUAAAUGCUAGGUUAUUGAAUAGAUUGGGUUCAUUUCACUAAGAUUGUUGAGAGUUUGCAAUGUUACAAGAACGAUGAGCAGGUAAUUGAUGUGAGAUACUAAGAGAGGAACAUCCACCCCGAUUACCGCGCUGGCUGGAACAGACAUUUACAUGCCAUUUUUGAUAAGGGUUAUGUAGGGCCACACCUGCUGCCAAACUGUGUUGUUGGUAUUUACACUGCACCAAUGGCUGUCAACAGUUGGGAAACACUUGAGUUCACAAUGAAAUUAUUAAAAUAUUUAUAAUAUA